UUAUCAGUCAUAUUGGACUCUAAAAAUUAACUUUGACUUGAACAUAUUCAGUGGCUAAGCGUCGAUAGCUUCUGGGACAGAAAAUUCCAGAGAUUCGCAACCCUCUGAGCAAAUAAGUUUCUUUUUAAUUCAGUCAUAAACGAAUGACAUCUUAUUCUAUCUGGACUCUUUAGCCAGGGGAAACAUCCUCCCAAUACUGUAUCUGUUCUGCUACGUCCCUUAAGAAUUUCAUAUGUUUCAAUUAUAUUAUUCGUCAUUUUUCUAAUUUCUAGGGAAUGCAGGUCUAGAAUAUUCAAUGUCUCCUCAUAGGAUAAUUAUCUCGUCCCAGAAAACUUUCUGGUGAACAUUUGCUGCUCUCUAAAGCAGUAUAUUCUUUCCUAGACAUGGAGACCAAAACUGUACACAUUACUUCAUGUGUGGUCUCACCCAGGCCCUAUUUGAAUUUAAUAUGAUUUCUUAACAUUUUUACUCUUAAGCUGACAUACAAUUAACCUAUCUAAUUACUUGCUGCAACUUGCAAGCAAUGUUUGCUCUAAACUGCAAGACUGUGCAGCUGUUCAAAGAUCCUUGUGGAUGCACUGACUUCUGGUUCCAGAAGCCACAGCCUCACCUAUACACCUCAGCUGACUGCACAGUGGAAGGAAAAACGAAAGGAAAUCUUUGUGAGAAACGAUAACUUUAAAAUGGGUGAGUACCAGGAUUUGUUAACUCAGUCUCUUACUGCAACAAAUCACGUUCAAGACUGUGCAAUCAUAAGUUUGAAAAAUCCCUCAGUGGUGACAGCAUCCAUAGGAUUCAAACUGGAAUCCGAAGAAAUUCAAGCCUUCCUGAAAGCUUUCAACCAACCAAGCAAUUUCCGAGAUGAAGGGCUUUACUUUAAGAAUGUAACCUACUUAUGUGUCAGAGCAGAUAAUAGUUCGGUGUACGGUAAACACGAUAAUAUUGGUCUGGUGUUGGUAAAGACAGGAUCAUAUGUUAUCUGUGCCACUUACAGGGAGGGAAUGUAUCCAAGCGUGUGUGUUGAAGCUGCGGAGAAACUUGGUGAUUACUUUAGGUCAAAGGGUAAAUGAAAGCAACAAAGACUGGCUUUUUGGUUUAUUCGUGCUACAAACAGAAAAAACACAGAAUGUGGCAAAGACCAAUUGGUAAAUCAAGUCUACUUCCAGACUCUACUCCACUUACUUCUAUUGCAUAUGUGCAGUGAAUGUUUUAUUACAAGAUAGCUAGCAAGCCUUGUAAAUCAUUGUAGAAAUCUGUAGAGGGAAUUUGCUGAUAAAAGUACAAUUCAAACUAGUGUAAAAUAGCUUUUGCAUACCAUUCACAAGCUGAAAAUUCUCAAUCCUCUA